CACGAAGAUAGUCACUUUGACUUGUGACACGUUUAUAGUAUAUUUUGCUUUUGAUACCUUAAAUUUAAUAGUGUGAAGCAUUCAAAACGUUCACAGUUCUAAGAAAAAAGGUUUUGAAUUUAAAUGGCUUCUAUUGUAGGAACGUUAACGUCUAUUUUUCUGCUAUUUUUUAUUUGUACAAUAAGAUCCUCUGCAGAGUUUGAUAAUGACAACAGAAUAUCCCGGCUGGAGAAAUUGGUGGAAUCGCAGAAUACCGAGAUUUUGUCAUUGAGGAAUGAAGUUGCCGAGCUUGGUGUUUUAAAAAACAAAAUAAGGAUUUUGGAAAAAGAGAAUUUAGUUUUAAAGUUUUUAAAGGAUAAUGUUAAAACACAUCGUGCCGAAAUGCAAGAUAUGAAGAAAUUAAUAAGGAGACAACAGUUGAAGACUCAGUAUUUAGAAACUCAAUUACGAAUUUCUUCAUUACGUUUAAAUAACAUUUGUAAUCCGUGUUAUUCCACAACUACACCGACCUUAGGCAACAAUGAAAUAAAUCAGGAAACACGUAAGGAAGAUAUUGGUAGUCCUGAAAAGGAUCCUGCAGUCACAUUAAGAAGGCAAGAUCGAAUGCUAAUUUCUAGUCCAGUUGUCGACGCAUUACAGAAGAUCGCAUUUUACGCAUACCUUUCACACGGUGAGGUCGACCCAGGGCAUCACCAUAUCAUUGUUUUCGAUAAUGAACUUACUAAUUCCGGAAAUGGAUACAACAAAUAUACAGGGACAUUUUUGGUCCCAAUUGAAGGGCUUUACGUUUUUUCACAUACCAUUGUUGUAGAGCGUGGACAUCAAAUGCCGACAGAACUAGUUGUAAAUGGUAACGCUGUUGGUGCUGUUGCAGCUGAUAGUUAUUCAGAUUCCCAUUACCCAGCUGCAUCAACUUAACUUGUUGUUAGUUUGAAAAAAGGCGAUGCUUGCUUUAUUCGAACUUCAUCAUUCCAGGCUUAUGACAUUGGGGAUCUAUACAGCAGUGUUUGGUCUAGAACA